GGGAAAUUGAAACGAGAUGGCUGGUGAUGAAGAUUGGGUAGAAAUCAAGUUUAGACUCGCAGAUGGUACUGAUAUAGGUCCGAGCAAGUUUGAUCAAUCUAUGACUGUUUCUUCUCUUAAAGAGAAGAUCAUUUCUCAGUGGCCUAAAGACAAAGAAAAUACUCCAAAAACUGUAAAUGAUGUGAAGCUCAUCAAUGCUGGGAAAAUACUGGAGAACAAUAGGACACUUGCAGAAUCCAGGCUUCCGGUUGGGGAACUUCCUGGAAUGAUCAUCACUAUGCAUGUUGUUCUUCGCCCUCCUUCGCUAGACAAAAAGAGCGAAAAGCUGCAGAAUGAUCCACCGAUUAAGAAUCGCUGCAUGUGCACCAUUUUGUAGCUGCAAGUAAAUUGGAUCAUAGAGAAUUUAUAUCCUUCAUGAUAAUGGCAUUGGUUGAUGAUGCUCCAUGGAACAGCUUCUGUAGCUUCAAACAAGCUUUGAGAAGUUCCUUCCUUCAGUACAAAAUGAUUGGCAUAGACAUAGAAAACAAAUGAU